AUGGCUUCUUUGAGAACCGUUUCCAACCGUGCCUUGCGUACCCAAUUUUCUAGAUCUAACACCUUUAUCUACAAUGCUUUCAGAUCUUAUGCCACUAAGGAAAAGACCUUGAAGGAAAGAUUCGGGGAAAUCUACCCAGAAAAGGCUGAAUUCGUCAAGCAAUUCAAGAAAGAACACGGUAAGACCGUCAUUGGUGAAGUCUUGUUGGAACAAGCUUACGGUGGUAUGAGAGGUAUCAAAGGUUUGGUCUGGGAAGGUUCUGUCCUCGACCCUGAAGAAGGUAUCAGAUUCAGAGGUAAGUCCAUUCCAGAAGUCCAAAAGGAAUUGCCAAAGGGUCCAGGUGGUCAAGAACCAUUGCCAGAAGCUUUGUUCUGGUUGUUGUUGACCGGUGAAGUCCCAACCGAAGCCCAAACCAAGGCCUUCUCUGCUGAAUUGGCCGCCAGAUCUGAAUUGCCAAAGCACGUUGAAGAAUUGAUCGACCGUUCUCCAUCCAACUUGCACCCAAUGGCCCAAUUCUCCAUCGCUGUCACUGCUUUGGAAUCCGAAUCCGAAUUCGCCAAGGCUUACGCUAAGGGUGUCAACAAGAAGGACUACUGGACUUACACUUAUGAAGAUUCCAUCAACUUGUUGGCCAAAUUGCCAACCAUCGCCGCUAAGAUCUACAGAAACGUCUUCAAAGACGGUAAGGUUGCCCCACUCAACAAGGACUUGGACUACGGUGCCAACUUGGCCACCAUGCUCGGUUUCGGUGACAACAAGGAAUUCGUCGAAUUGAUGAGAUUGUACUUGACCAUCCACUCCGACCACGAAGGUGGUAACGUCUCUGCUCACACCACCCACUUGGUUGGUUCCGCUUUGUCCUCCCCAUACUUGUCCUUUGCCGCUGGUCUUAACGGUUUGGCUGGUCCAUUGCACGGUAGAGCUAACCAAGAAGUUUUGGAAUGGUUGGAAAAGCUCGAUUCCGAAUUGGAAGGUAACAUCACCAAGGAAACUAUCGAAAAAUACUUGUGGGAUACCUUGAACGGUGGUAGAGUUGUUCCAGGUUACGGUCACGCCGUCUUGAGAAAGACCGAUCCAAGAUACACUGCUCAAAGAGAAUUUGCCUUGAAGCACUUGCCAAACGACCACUUGUUCAACGUCGUCUCCACCGUUUACGAAGUUGCCCCAGGUGUCUUGACCAAGCACGGUAAGACCAAGAACCCAUGGCCAAAUGUGGACUCUCACUCCGGUGUCUUGUUGAAAUACUACGGUUUGACUGAAGCUUCUUUCUACACUGUCUUGUUCGGUGUUGCCAGAGCUUUCGGUGUCUUGCCACAAUUGAUCAUUGACAGAGCUUACGGUAUGUCCAUUGAAAGACCAAAGUCCUUCUCUACCGAAAAGUACGUUGAAUUGGUCAACAAGCUCAAGAAAUAA